GCUAUCACCUUUCUAUUCUAACAUCUAAAAACUAGAAAAGCAUAUCAGUGAUAUCGCUUUGCUGGCUCUGGUGGUACCAUUUUACAUCACAGCAAGAAUUUGGAGCAAAAUGGCUGAAGUUUUUGUCGAGCUCCUACAUGUCCUUAAUUCCCGAAAGGAGAAACUGACGCCUGAGGAACAAAAAGUAUUUCAAACGUGCAUACAUAAGGCUCGAGCGGAAUUUAUAGUCGGCAAUGUUGUUGGUGGUUGCGCUACUCUGGCAGCAACGUGGAAGCUAAAAACUCGAUUCUACAUUUCUGGAGGAGCUGCUAUUUUGUAUGGAUUGCAGAGAUUAAAUAGGUCCCUAAAUUCUUGUGUUGAUCAUCUUCUUAAUCUGGAUGGAAGUCGAUUGCAAGGGGUAUUAGCAAAUAUCGUUGUUAAUAAACAUCAGGAUGAUCCUUGGUUAAUGAAACAGAUGGCUAGACGUUUCUAUCCAGAGAAAGUGUUUGAUGACUCAAGUUCAGAUAAACCAAAUUUAAGGUGGCGCUAUCGAAAUUUCUCUGGGGACAAUGUUGCUUAUGGUCAAGCGACAAAUGACAGUGAGACACAGAGUGACUUACUUUCCCACAAUGAUUCUGAUAGUAAGAAGGCACAUGUGGAGUCCAAGCAAGUUCCUAUGAAUCCCAGUGCUGAUCUGAUGGAAGACCCUCUAGAUGGUAUUUUUGGUUGCAUAGCACCGGUGGAGGAGAUUCAUCACCCUAGCACAUCAAGCACACCUGCCAAACCACUUAGUCGUAACCAUAGAAGAUCUCGCCGUAGGCGUCGGAUUCUCCAUCGCGAGUCUUUAGGCUUGAAUCAAGUACAACCGCAGCAAAUUUAAACUUGCCAAAUGUCUAUGAGAGAACAAUAAAGGAUAUGCUUGCUGGAAAUUGUAGAUGCAAAUAUUUGCCAAAUGUCUGUACCUUCUGCUGUUGAACUACCCUAUCUUACAAAAUUUCCAUAGGCAGCUUUUAUCUCUGUGAACCCAUGCAGUGGACUAGAAUAUGUCUGCAAAUCAUUAUCCAAAAUUAAUGUUAUUAUGUUUCAUAGAAUGUUGAAAAGCUAGCCAUGCAUCGCGUGAGCCUUGGCAGCUUGAUGGAGGAACUCCUCUUUUUGAAUGGUGUUGCCAAUAUUUGUGACUUCAA